GAAACCAUCUUCGCAUUUCCAUUCGAAAGAGAGAGAGCCAUACACAAAGAGAUCCCUCUGCCUUUGUCUUCGCUGCUGUGGAAGUUGAAAGGUGAGACAAUCUUUCUCCUUCCGGUUUUCACUCUCCGCAGUAGCGUCUCUCCGGCUCCGGCGUCUCUUUGAGUUUCUUCAGUUUUCCGAUUCUAAGAAAAAAAGAAAACAAUGGCUCGUUCUUUCUCCAACGCUAAGCUUCUCUCCGCUCUCGUCUCCAACACAAUCGCCAGACGUGGAUACGCGGCGGGGUCACCAGGACUUGCGGCGGUUAGAGGAGAGGUUGCUGCGGCUUCUGUUACUAGAAGCGUAAACCUAGAGAAGAAAUCAGGUGAAGACAAGGUGGGGUCCGUCUUUAAGGUCUCGUGGGUCCCUAACCCCAAGACCGGCGUUUAUGGACCGGAAAACCGCGCCGAUGAGAUCGACGUGGCUGAGCUCCGUAACGCUCUCCUGAAGAAGCACUGAUUUUCGUGCUGAGGAUGAAAAUGGGGUGAUGAUUUUCUCGUCGUUUUUAUGGGAAUGACGAGAAAAAAAAAAUACUGAGGAAUGGGCUGUCGGCGGACCUGGCCAGAUUUUAUAUAAUGUUGUAAUAGCUUGUUCUCCUCGUCCUCUCCUCUGUUUAGGGUUUACAUGUAACGUUUUGGUCUAAUUUUUUGAAAUAAAAAGAAACUCAUUUUUAGAAUG